AAUUCUUCCUAGACAAUUGGGGAAAAGAUGUCCCUAUUGUACCAGCUAGGAAGUCCUAUAAUUUAGCUACCUUGCUAACUGUAAACAAAUGAGAGGUGUGACUCCAACAUGCACUGAUUAAAAUGCAAGGUCUGUCACAUGUGGGGAAAAAAUGAAGAACAUACUGGUUGCAUGCUGUCAGCCAACAUUCAUGUUGCUGUCUGAGGAAUCUGGAUUUUCAACCUGACCAUGUUUCUGCUCUGAGGUUGCAGGAGCUGACAGUCUGCUCAGAAGACACUGUGGAUGUGCACAAUAUAGAGCUCAUGCAGUACAUCAACGUGGACUGCUCCAAACUUAAAAGACUGCUCCAAGAAACGGUAUUAAAAUUCAAAGCCCUGAAGAAACCUGCCCAACUUGCCGUCAUUAACAGUUUGGAAAAGGCCUUUUGGAACUGGGUAGAGAACUACCCUGAUGAAUUUACCAUGCUCUACCAGAGACCACAGACAGACAUGGCAGAUGCUGCGGAGAGGCUGUUUGACCUGGUGGACAGCUUUGCUGAGAGUGCCAAGAGGAAGGCAGUGGUGUGGCCUCUACAGAUCAUCCUCCUCAUCCUCUGUCCCGAGAUCACACACAUCAUCUCUCGAGAGUUGGUGGAGGAGAGCAAGGCCAACAUGAAGCUGUUCCUGGAGAGCUUGAGGAAGGCUCUAGCAGGCCAGGGGGGCAGCAAGCAACUAACAGAGAGUGCAGCCAUCGCCUGUGUCAAACUGUGCAAGGCCUCCACCUACAUCAACCGGGAGGACCACUCAGGCAUGUUCCUCCUGGUGCAGUCCAUCGUGGUGGACCUCAAGGCCCUGCUCUUCAACCCCACCAAGUCCUUCUCUCGCGGGGCAGGCAGCCAGAACGCAGACGUGGACCUCAUGAUCGACUGCUUCGUCUCCUGUUUCCGUAUCAACCCUCACAACAAUCAGCACUUUAAGGUCUGUUUGGCCUCCGCCUCCCCCUCUACCUUUCACUUUGUCCUGGUCAACUCCCUGCACAGAAUCAUCACCAAUUCUGAUCUGGACUGGUGGCCUAAGAUUGAUGCAGUGUACUGCUACUCUGGAGAGCUGCGACUAAUGUUCUCAGACACUCUGAGCCGAGUGAUGCAAGGCCUUCACACACAUGCCCCACAAGGCAUGACGCCGACUCUGUCAUUUAAAGGUGAAAUGACCACCAGCCUUAAGUUCAAAGAGAAAACCACAGACCUGUAUACACGCAGCUACAAGUGCCUCCUCCUCGCUCUGGUCAAACUCAUCCACGCUGACCCCAAACUCAUGCUGCACGCAUGGGAGGACACGCAUGCAAAAUGGGAGCAGGACACCAAACAGAUUCUGAACUUUCCCAAAAACAAGGUGGAGGAUGGAGUGGAUCAACAUGACAGGCUUCCUGUGUGCUCUGGGUGGGGUGUGUCUGUCCCAGCGCAGCAAGCCCUGUGGCCCCACCACCUACAGCCCCCCCAUGGGCCCCAUGAGCGAACGCAAGUACUCUAUGGUCUCUGUGGGCGUCUGUGAGGUCUCCAACGCUGCAGCUGGAGCCUCAGCCACCUGCUCCUCCUCUUCCCCACUGAAACCCCCCUGGGCAGGUUCCUGGACCGCCUGCUGGUCCUGCUGGUAUGUGGUCCUGAGAGGGUGGGUCUACACGUCCGCA